CCCCCGGCCCCGCCGCCGCUGCAGUCAUGGCUGCUGAUGGGGUGGACGAACGCUCGCCUCUGCUGUCAGCAUCCCAUUCGGGAAAUGUCACUCCCACGGCCCCGCCGUACUUGCAGGAAAGCAGCCCCAGAGCGGAACUCCCCCCUCCAUAUACAGCCAUUGCCAGUCCUGAUGCCACUGGUAUUCCAGUAAUUAACUGCCGUGUGUGCCAGUCUCUCAUCAACUUGGAUGGCAAGCUUCACCAGCAUGUGGUUAAGUGCACGGUUUGCAAUGAAGCUACGCCAAUCAAAAACCCCCCAACAGGGAAGAAAUAUGUUAGAUGCCCUUGUAAUUGUCUCCUCAUUUGUAAGGACACAUCUCGGCGAAUAGGAUGUCCGAGACCUAACUGUAGACGCAUAAUUAACCUUGGCCCAGUAAUGCUUAUUUCUGAAGAACAACCAGCUCAACCUGCAUUGCCAGUCCAACCAGAAGGUACAAGGGUCGUGUGUGGGCAUUGUGGAAACACGUUCCUGUGGAUGGAACUGAGGUUCAACACUCUGGCAAAAUGCCCACACUGCAAAAAAAUUUCCUCAGUGGGUAGUGCGCUUCCACGAAGACGCUGCUGUGCAUAUAUUACCAUUGGGAUGAUAUGUAUUUUCAUUGGAGUUGGAUUAACUGUUGGCACCCAAGAUUUUGCAAGGCGAUUUCAUGCAACCUAUGUUUCUUGGGCAAUUGCUUAUCUCUUAGGUUUGAUCUGUCUUAUCCGAGCUUGUUACUGGGGAGCCAUAAGAGUGAGUUAUCCAGAACAUAAUUUUGCCUAAGCUUGCUUCUGAUUCAGUGAUGCAGGGGAGAGCAUCUAGCAGUUCUUGAUAAACUACUCUGGACAUCUUUAAAUCAUUUAUCCUAAUGGAUUCCAUUCUAGUUUAUGUAUAAAGUUUCAAGACUUUGCGAGUAUUUUAUGAACAAAUGCCCAUUGCACUACAUUAUAUGCAAAUAGUUUGUUUGCUGCUAGAUUUUCAAGCUCUGAAUAAUAAAACUGUGUCUUCAUGUUCUUUUACAUCUCUUAAAAGAUAUUUUUGGAUUUGUCACCAAACAUUACGUAUAACAUCACCCUUCCAUUAUUUUUAAGUCAGUUAUUCCAUUACUUGCUCAUCUGUGAGUAUUCCCAAGGAGUGUUUAUAAAUGUUUCUACAAUAGCUUCACAUUUAUACUCACAUUUUAAUUAAACAGUAUCAAAAUUGCUUGCUUUAAUAUCUAAGCAAUAUGCAUUUUGCUUGAACUGCUUACUGUAACUUUAACCUAAGAUCAUAGUGACCUUAUUCAGGAAAAACAAUUGAGUGUACCUUCAAAGACUUGACAUUCUUGUCAGAUAAAAACCAUUUCUAGAUACUGUAUGCUUGUUUUUUGUUGUUUGUAGAAAGAUACAAUAUUUUGGUAGUAA